AUGCCUGUCCCAAGCCUGCCCGUCUCCGGGUCCUCGCAGAGCCAACUCAUCAAACUUGCGCUGCUGGUACCGCUGAUUGCGGUACCGCUUGUUCUGCUCUGGCGGUCCAAGCAGACGCCCGACCCAUCCGCUCGGGAUCUCAAGGCAGAGCCGUCGCCUCAAGAUGGAUGCUGUGGAGAGGGCUGCUGUCGUCAGAGUUCCGAGGCCUCGUGUGGAACUCCUGCCCCCAGACGAGAUGGCAAGCGCAAGCCCAAGACCUUCACACAAACCUCGAGCACCAAAGUGAGCGUUUCGGGCCCCAGGGAAGCCGGGCCCCCGAUCAAGAUCAUCUACGUGACCGAGAGUGGAACGGCUAGAAACAUGGCUCAGAAGCUGUGUGCCCAGCUGGCUGCUGAGUACAGUUCGGCCCAGCUCCUGGACAUGGCCCACUUUGAUCCCGACACCCUGAUGGCCACCAAGCAGCCGGUCACUCUGCUGUUCGUGCUGUCGACUUACACCGAAGGAGCGAUCCCAUCGCAUGGCAAGUGGUUCUACGGCCUGCUGCGAGAGUGGUUCCACGACCAUCGAGUCGAACGCAACGAGUUCGAACACAUCAGCUUUGGCGUCUUUGGUCUCGGCGACUCUGUCUACGGACAGGAGCACUUUUGUACCUGUGCUAAGGAGGUUGAUCUCUGGAUGAGCAGCCUCGGUGCAAAGCGGAUCGUCGGACUCGCCUGCGGGGACACGGGCUUGUAUCGAGAGACCAAAACCGAGGCUGAGCCGCUCUUUGAGGUCUGGAGUCAGCAGUGCGCUCACUCCCUCAAGACCGGCACUGUUGUCGCUGCUUCCACCGAUGGUCUCGGCCCCUCGCUUGAAGACGAGCUGAGCGACAGCGACACAGCCAGCGACGACUACGACCUUCUCGAGUCCGAAGAUGAGAUGCUUGAUGUCGAGGACCUGGGCGCCGUCGCCGCCAGACUGAAGAAGGCCAAAGCCGAGUCACAUUCUGAUACAGAGCCCAAGGACAUGGUGUCCAAAGGUCUGCGCGAACGCCUCACAAAGGAGAGAUACACGAUCGUCGGUACCCACUCGGCGGUCAAGCUGUGCCGAUGGACCAUGUCCAUGGUCCGUGGUCGGGGUGGAUGCUACAAGCACACGUUUUUCGGAAUCGCAUCGCACCGCUGCAUGGAAACCACCCCUUCGCUGGCGUGCGCCAACAAAUGCGUCUUUUGCUGGAGAAAGCAGUCCAACCCCGUUGGCAAAGAGUGGAAGUGGAAGGUGGAUCCGCCCGAGCUGAUCUUCAAGGGGGUCCUUGAGGGUCACCGCCAGAAAAUCAAGCAGUUGAAGGGCAUCGCCGGUGCCAUCCCAGAACGGUUCCAGGAAGCUAUGGAGCCUCGCCACUGUGCCCUCUCCUUGGUCGGGGAGCCCAUCUGGUACGAGCACAUCAAUGAGCUCCUGGACAUGCUCCAUCAAAGCCACAUCUCCUCGUUUCUUGUAACGAACGGUCAAUUCCCAGAGGCUAUCAAGAAACUCCAGCCUGUGACCCAGUUGUAUCUGAGCAUCGACGCCAGUACCAAGGAGUCUCUGAAGCGCAUUGACCGACCGCUCUUUUCGGACUUUUGGGAGCGCUAUAUGGCAUCUAUCGACUACCUGCGCGAAAAGAAGCAGAGAACCGUAUUCCGCCUGACCCUUGUUAAGGACAUGAACACCAAUGACAUCAACCAGUACUCCCAGCUUGUUAAACGCGGCAUGCCAGAGUUCAUUGAGAUCAAGGGCGUGACGUAUUGCGGCGACAAGAAUCCCAACUCUACUAGCAAGGAUAAAAUCACGAUGAAAAAGGUGCCCUACUAUGUCGAGGUUCUCAAGUUUGCCGAGGACCUGGUCAAGACCCUUCCCGAGGGCCAGUACGCACUGGCAUGCGAGCACGAGCACUCCAUCUCGGUGCUCAUCGCCCACACCAAGUUCCUGAUCAACAACGAGUGGCAUACCUGGAUUGACUAUGACCGAUUCUUUGAUCUGGUGCAAUCGGGGCGCGAGUUCACGAGUCUGGACUAUGCGGCCAAGACGCCGGAGUGGGCUGUCUACGGCAAUGAGCGCAGAGGGUUUGAUCCGCUUGAGGAGCGCACUCAAGGAAAGGGCGGCAAGAAAAACAAAGGCAGUGCUGCCAUCUACAAGGAAAGUCUCGAAAAGGAGUCGGCCUCUAUCGAGGCCGACUGA